UGUCCGCCUCUGGAGAAACACAACCGCAGAAAUGUGAAUGAACUGCCUUUGAAGACAUCAACGUAUACGAAUCGCCCGCUUUCUUCGCUCCGCGUUGUGAUUGGUGGACUGUCGUUGGUGCCUCAGUGAUGGCGUAGUAACGGAGUUGUGACCCCUCCCUUUCUACCAAAUAUGGAAGAGCGUCACACUCGGGUCGAACUGUGAUUGGUCAGCGUGUGAUCUUCCCAAAUGUUUGUAAAUUGUAGUCAGGAGACGUCGCUGUGUAGAUGUCAGCGCGCAAAUGUAUUUUUUAAUGUUGAUAAACAUUCCCUCGUUGGUUUUUAUUUAAAAAUUACUUCACUAACGACACAGUGGGACCGAAGAGCUUGGCGACGCCGUGGCACGUGACGAACAGAACAAGGUAGAGACAUAAACUAGGAUGGUUCUCAGUCAGAUGGACGCCGGGAAAGCAUUGACGGCGGCAGCAGCCAAAGGAAACACUGGCGAGGUGCUGAGGAUCCUGGAGGAAUGUAGAGUACAUCCUGAUACUCUCAAUGAAUUUGGCAGGACUGGUCUACAAGUGAUGAUGAUGGGGAACUCUAAAGUUGCCACUUUGCUGUUGGAAAAAGGAGCCGACCCCAACGUUCAAGACAAACAGGGUAUAACGCCUCUCCAUGAUGCAGCCCGUACCGGGUUCCUGGACACUGUGCAGGUUCUGGUGGAGUACGGUGCUCUAGUGAACAUGCCAGACCACAAUGGGGCCCUGCCUAUACACAUUGCCAUCCGGGAAGGUCACCGGGAUGUUGUGGAGUUCCUGGCACCACGUUCCGAUCUGAAGCACACCAACAUCCACGGCCAAACUGCAAUAGACGUGGCCCGAUCCUCUCGUGUGCCUAAUAUGAUUGACUUGCUUUUUGCUCAUAUUCAUAGCUAGUCCAAAUCUAGGUGCUGGUUGACUCAUGGAAAACCCAACCUCAUACUUCUUUUGCGUGGAACCUGGUGACUUGAAUUCAUUGCUGUGUAAAGGAUUAUUAUUUUUUUGUUUAAAGGGGCUCAGCAUUAAUAUGUGAUACAGGACAUAUUGUCUCGGCAGCUUAUUUUCUGUGUAUAGGUGGCUUCAUACAGUAGCCACCUCCUUUUCUUUUGCACAGUGCAGUUUAAGCACCUUAUCAUUUAUCUGUUUUCCCUAUGAAUUGGGAGUGCACAUCUGUAGAUAGUUUCCCCUCAGUGUUGUGUAAUUAUUACAUUUCCACUGUGUAAGAAUUGUAACAGUUGAUACAACGUAUGUGUUUUUAAAUAUUUACAAACCUUGGUGCACCCUGAUUGCUUUGCAUAGUUUUUUGUUUAAAUUAGAGGAAUCUAGACUUUGAAUUUACUCUUAUUUAUUGUUGGAAUAGGACUGAAUAUUUCUGUGACUUUGUAAAGAGUGACAUUUAUUGUGAUUUGUUGAAAUGUUAUUUAUACUUUUAAAACUAAAGUGAACUUAAUAACUUUACUAUUUGAAUAUGAAAUCACACAAUAAAGUGUUGAAACUGGA